AUGAUCUAUGAGAGGCAUGCUAGAUAUUCAUACACCACAAGAGAUCUACUCAACAUUCUAGAAGCCAAGUACAUCAACAAUCAUGAUCACCCUCUACCUCUACUUCACAUAAACAGCAGAAAGACAUGGCUGAAUGACGAAACCGCUAAACUAGUUCGUAUGAAUGAUUACAAUUUUGUUUUUAAAAAUAGGUCUGACAGGUCUGACAGAAUAGGUGGUGGAGUCGGAAUCUUCAUCAGAUCAGGCAUUGAAUUUUCUAUGAUAAACAAUUUGCUUCUGAACGACACCGUUAUUGACCUUCUUGGUGUCAAUUUAAAAUUAAACAACACACACCUGACGGCCGUGCUGAAAUGUGUACCGGUGUACGACCAUAUCCCUAAGCCAUGCAGGGAGAAGUUCGCAUAUAAUCUGAACGCCUUGCUGACGGCUGUUUGUAAUGGCCCUGGUGACCCGGCUCACUGGGUUAGACUCCACCGUUUUGUCCCAUACGUCUUACAGAAGACUUCCAGAGGGGGUCGCCGAGUCAACCAGGGCAAUCUGGUCAACAAGCGUCUAAGCGAAUAUUCAACUAUUGGUCUUGAAACCCUGGGAAACCUGUCCUCGGUUGUCAGACUUGUCUGUUCGCCGGAGGGCCUGGCGGAGAGCUCGCCAGCCACUUUCGAUAAAUUAUGUUCCAUCCACCCAAAAAUUGCGGUGCACAGGCGGGUCUUUCCCGCAUUGACACCAACGGCUGCUGAUGUAUUGGUCUUGAAACCCUGGUACUGUGUUCAUGUACACAGUACCAAGGAUUCAAGUCCGGUACUGUGUACAUUCAAAAACGGUUCUUCUGGAGGCCUAGAUGGCCUACGACCCCAGCACCUUAAGGAUGUUUUUUCAGGCCCCUUGCUAAUUGACGACACACUGAACUCCUUAACUCAAUUCAUUAAUUUGAUCCUAUCUGGAGCUUGCCCACUCUCCGUCCGCCGUAAAGAAUGCGGUUUGGCCGCGGCCAGGGCAGCGGACGAGAAUAUAAAAAAAUAUGGGAACGCCCUCCCCUCGAUGGAAUUCUUGCCAAUAUGUAUCGAGGUUCUCGGCCCGAUGGACCCCAUCACCCUUAAAUUUUUUAAGGAAAUAUGCAAAAUGAUCAGCGUCAGAUCAGGCGACAGCAGGGAACAUCAGGCGACAUGCAGGAACAUCAGGGAAGAUCAGGCGACAUGCAGGAACCGCUGCUUGUUGCAGCGGUUCCUGCAUGUCUGUGUGCUUGAAAAUAUCCAACUGAAUGCCGACUUGUGCAAUUAA